AAUCGGAAGAAGAAAAAAAAAAAAGAAACUUUAUUUAUUAUAUAAAAAAAAAGAUUAAAAGAAAAUUUACGAUUUCUUUUUUCUUUACUAAAAACACACACACGCGAAAUAUGCUCAGUUCAUCUGCUUCUCUCACUAUUAACGUCUGCUCUGCUACUGAGCUUGUCUCUGUUGAACAUUUUGGUAAACAAGAUCCUUUCCUUCAAUUCACUUUGGACUUUAAUCAGAAGGACACCUAUUUGAGAACUUUUACUCAUAAGAAUGGUGGUGAAAGCGCGACUUGGAAUCAAACUUUUACUAUUUCCUUAAACGGUGAACCUGAUCUCUUUAUUGAAGUUUUAGAUGAAGAACAUACCGUGAAUGAAGUUAUUGGUUUUGCUGCUAUUCCUAUUAACCAAAUAGUGUAUGCACCUGGUGCUCAAAUGAACGGUCUCUUCCAAAUUUAUGACACUAAAGGUAAUCCUGCCGGUCUUGUUAACUUGCAAUUGGCUGCUUCUGGUUUCCCAAAUUCUGCUCCUCCUAACUUUGGUGAAUUUGUUAGAGGACAAAGUUAUGUUAAUGAAGAACAUUGCGCACGUAUGAAAUCAAUUAAUAAGAAAGCUACAGGUGUUGCUGUUGGUGGUGCACUUUUAGGUGGUGCAUUGGCUAUCGGUGCUGGUCUUCUCGGUAAGAAACUCUAUGAUGAUCAUAGAGAGGAAGAGGAAGAAGAAGAACGCUUGAGACAAGAAGAAGAGGAGAGACGUAGACGUGAACGUGAGGAAUUUGAGGAAGAGCGUAAUCGUUUUGAACAAGAAAAGAGUGAGUGGCAACAACCUGAACGUCGUGAUGACUCUGAAGAUCGUUACGAUUGUUCUGAUGAUGAUGAUGUACGCAGAUGGAAUCCUGUUGGUACUUAUGCUGCUGGUGAUCGUGUCAAGUACCAUGGUCAAGUUUAUAUGUGUCUUCAAGGUCACACUUCUAAUCCUACUUGGCAACCUGAUGUUGCUCAUUCUCUUUGGCAAGCCGAGUAAAAAAAUACAUACAAACAAAAAUCUUAUCCAUAAAGAAAUAGUCAACUAUGGUAAUAUAUCUACACUUUUCUUUUAUAUUUCAUCUAUGUUAUAUACCUAUUUUAAAUAAAAUACCUGUAAUGUUAUUGUGUAUUGUAUUGUAUUUUUUUUUCUCAGAGAUGAUUAUAGUAUAACAUGUAACCAAAUAAAAGUGUGCAAAAAUAAAGGAGUACAAGAAAAUAAAAGAGUUUAAGUUUUUAUAAUAA